AUGCAGUACAUGACAAAAUCAUCCCCAAGCUUUCCUCUACCUCUAGUCAAAUACUCCUCCACGGCAGUCUGUUGUGCCUACUUUGCCCUCAUCAUUGUCGAGAACUACUAUCAGUAUCUUUCUACCGUGCAAUUCACCAUGGAACUUACUCUGCGUAAGCUUCUACUUGAAGUUUUUAAGGUAAUUAUUCUCCUCGCCCUUGUAAACAUCAAGCUAACAGCUAUCAAGCGCAGUGAAGAGGCAGCGAGAUCCCGGGCGGCCACUUAUCUAGGAGUGAUAUCCAGAUAUGCAAUAGAGAAUGAGGAUGCACUGAAUACUCCUAAGAAAGUUGAAAAAGCCCUUCCCGACAACGCAGCCAAGAUAAGUGAUUCAGGUCUCGCUAUCCUAGGACGAAUAUUCACCCUAGCUGGGGUGGAAGGGUUAGAAGGAGUGAAAGGCAUGGAACUCUCUUCUGAGUCCACGGUGAACGAGCAUAUGAUCAAUCUCAUGCAGCUGGCCUGCGAGCGAGUUUGGCCCAUCAAACCAAGCUCAUCAUCGGCGUCAUCCCCAGUGAAGCAUUUGAGUGGCCAGUUUCCGCUUGUACUUUCCUAUCUGGGAUGCAAUCUGGACGGCAUUCCUCACUUACCAUCGUUAAUGAGUUCUUCGCUUGCCUCUAGGCUCGCCUUUCUGCGUUGUCAAGAUGUUGAGAACCUUUUCAAAGAGAUCAAUGUAUGUCUCCAGCACCUCAAACGCGUCGAACCACCACACCUGAUGGAGUCCUUGAGAGACGAAUUCGCAGGGGUCAUCCCCAUGUAUCGCUACCCAGGCCUUCUAUUUCACGAGUACGCAUUGUCUUUAUAUAAUUCAUUGUGGUACUAUCAAUAUCUGUGUCUCGUCGAGCAUGAUUUGUUCGGUUCUCAGCCGCGUGAAGAAAACCUUGCCACGGCUCUUAUACCGGCGCUGUCUUUUUUGAAUGCUCUACAAAGCAAUGCGUCGAAACCCCUACCGGAUGGAAGCUGCUUGUGCAUCAAGCAUGGCUAUCAUCGAUCUUUGUUCGAGCGUGUAAGGUGGCCAGCCUUAGUGACACGUAUGCUUCGCAUCCCCGUAGCGCCCAUGUGUUGUGAGAAGAUUUUCUGGCAUCAUCUCCACAAGAUUAUUGUUGAAUAUCUCUCGGGCUAUCUCGCGAAGCUGGAUUUGGACCAACGUCGAAAUGCUGCUGAAAUCACGAUUUUGCGUUGUGUUAUUGCAAGUUCCGCUAUUCAACCCGAUUCUAUGACAGCUGAGUUGGGAUCCCUUCACGUAUAAUUGGCAUUAGAUAGGCUCAAUUGUGCCGCACUCAUCAUACAAUCAAUCUGUAUUUCUUUCCAUUACAUUAGACGCAAAGUGGACGGAAGCUCUCUUUUGGAGGCAUAUAUACUGUAUAGUUCCUAAUGUGACGGCAAAGGAUGUAAGCUCUCAAGUUUUACUAGAUGGGAAGGACUUGCUUCUGUACCGGUCUCGGAUAGCAAGUGAAUUAGAAAUGUAUGGCUGCCUGAUAAGAGGCGAAGAAUCCAGCCCAGUGUGGGCCUAUCCCGCGGGUAUAAGAAGUACUCCGCCGCCUACCUAGAGUGUACUCUUCUAUUCACUCAAAAAUACUUCGUCAUUAAAUUUCUACUUCUAUUAGUCUUCCUCCGCCGAGCCUAUUUGUCGUCAACAUGUACAACCAUUUAUUGUUCACUUUCGCUCUCAGCUUUGUAUGCGCUAUGCUGUUGUUGUUCGGCGGACGCAAAGGAAAGGUUGUGCUAGUUGUGGUGAUUUUCAUUGGCCCUACUACGGGAUGGUGGUCCUAUAGGCUUCCUGGUAAGUCCGAAAAUAACACCUACAAACAUAGAUUGACUCUGUAGAAUUGAGUAAUUCGGAUACAUCUGGUCACUCACGCGACGUACAAGCCGUUGUCACGGUUGCUACUAUGUUGACCAACAUAGUAGUAGCACAGAAUAAGCAGAGUCGUUGGCUGCUACUUGCUCCUCCCGCCUAUUGGGUGUUUUUGAUGCUGAACAGCAGUUGGGAGUUUGCUCGAGACACGGCUCUGCUAAUGCUCUCCACUAUUGCUGCACACAUUCCUAGCUAUAUUAUUCGCGAGGAAGAACAGGAACAUGAGCGGUCUAAGGAGAUUCAUCGACAAAUCAAAAGUUAGACCGAAGGAAGAGAAGUAGGAGAGAUAUCUAGCGAUCUACUCAAGUCGAAUCGGAGAUUUUCUAGGCAUUUGUAUCUAUAAUGGUGGUUGUGGCGAUGUUCAAUUCUGUAUGGGUGGCAUUGUAUCAGGAAGCAAAUGGUACCUCCUUCCUUCUUUAGCCUGCUGGGCUUUGUUUACUU